AUGAUGGACGAAUUACAUUCCUUUGACAUUUGUCCUUUACGCUCUUCCUCUUCCUUAUUUAUCAUUGAUCGAAGAGAUAGAAGCAUUGUGACAGCAACCGAUGAACUAUUUGACAUGUUGGGCUAUGAAGCAUCCGAUAUCAUUGGCACAUCCAUCGAUCAACUCGUACAAAAGACGCGCGGAAAGAUGUGGAUGGCUCUUCAUGCAAAGGGCGAUCGCAUUUCAUUGCAAGUAUGCAUACAUCACAAUCCACUACAAACGACAACAGAACUUGAUUAUUGGCUUGUGCGUCCCUGUCAACAGGUCGUAUGUCGUCGUAUACCUUAUUCGAUUCGAACGACUACCAUCUUACUUUUAUCACCUGUGGGAAUCAUUGAUCGUGUCUAUCAUGUCAACAAGUAUGAAAGACAUGGCCUUGUACCUGCACCAGCUCAACAUCAGCAACAACUAGUGGGGAAACCUAUUAUGGCAUACAUUCAUUCGGAUGAUGUCCAGACAUUAUGUGGUCAACUCAGCACCGUUUAUUACAACAAUGAGCCCUCCUUUGACGUGCGGUGGUUGCAUCAACGUGAUGAUCACGAGUACCAAAAGGUCACCCUGACAGCGACCAAGACCAGUUCCCGCAUCACUUGCGUUGUUGAACGAGUGGAUGCAUUUCCAACCCUCAUUGAUUCAAUACAACAAUGGGCCAUUGAUUUACUCGCCUAUCUAUUAUCCCAAUGGCAACAAAGUAGACGCUAUCUUUUGGAAUUUGUCGAUCAUGCCACAUCAUCUAAAAAUCAGCAUGGAUGGUAUUCUUCCAUUGUGCAAGUGGUCAAGAGCAUGUAUCCACCUGAUGGCAUCCUCACCAUGCUCGAGAAUUGGGUGGAUCGAGUCAAGACAACAUCCCAAUCAUCAUUCUUAUGA